AUGCAUUCCUCUGGUUGUGGUUGCAAGGCUGAACACGAAUUAGCAUCCAGUUUUAUUUGCCUUAGAGAGUACCUAAAUAUAUCCUCAAUUAGAGUGUUGAAUAGUACCUCAGAUCCGAACUCCGGAGGCUUGAUAUUUAAGAAGUAUGGAGAGCGCCUAAGCGAUUUUCAUGUAAUAAGUGACGAUGUGGAGACUGAAUUGUUGUUUACAGUGCCAUUCUCGCAACCGUGCGAUGUGCAUAAUCUCCUGGUUGUAAACGAGAGCGACAGUGUUUUAAAGGUUAAAAUAUACGCAAAUAGACCGGAAUUUGAUUUUAGCGACAUUGAUACAACCACACCCUCCCUGAAAUUGGAUUUACCUCCAGAUUGGCACGGGUCAUUUGUACAUUCUCUAGGGUCUAGACAGUUUAGAGGAGUUGAUAACCUGGCAAUUCACUUUUUAUCUAACGAAGGAGAAGUUAAGUUGCGCUACAUUGGACUGCGAGGAAGGCCGUUAAACGUGUCAACUGGAGUAGUUGAUGUGACUUACGAAGUGACGCCCGCUCCAAAUCCCAGUGAAAAUUUGGCUGAAUUGCGUGGUUUCAGAGUGAUAGAAUAA